AUGACACAGUCACGCUACAUCCCUAAUGUAUAUCCCGUCCUGAUGUCGGUCUCGCAACCUAGGGAGCAACUGAUCCACUGUGUCAUGAAAAUUGUCUCUGAAUGUCCACCCGGAAAGCCUUGGACGAGUAAGUUCAAAGAUCAGCUUCAGGGUCUCUGGACGGGCUCUACGUCAAUUGCCUAUCUUUUCUUGUGGCUGGCGGAGACACAUCCUAAUCUCAGUAUCAACGACCGUCUCCCAAUUGAUUGGUGCCAUGGAUACCUUGACUGCGGAUCUGAUGUACUCUCUAGUGCGCAAGGGCUGAACGGCUGGGGCAUUAAAAACGAGUAUCUUGCCUACAACACUGUGAAGGCUGCCGUGACUCAAGACGACCGCUAUGUUUCAAAGGUCAUUAAAGCCAUUAAAAAAGACUUUGACUGUCCAGUCGUGGACAAUGAACACCUAUCUGGCCGAGCAGCCUCCGAGCAAGUCGAAGACUGUACCAGCAUCCUGGUGGAGCAGUUAGUUAAUGCCGUACCUUGGAAAUUUCAUGGGCACAAUUAUAUCGGAGCUGCACACGGCGUCAUUGGGAUAUUGACACAGAUCAUUCUUUCUAGACCAGCUAUGGGUCGAGAUGCAGCCAUUGAGUACCUGAUUUCUGAACAGUUAGAUCUACAGAUGGAUGAUGGACAUUGGUUCAUUACAGAUGAUCCCAAUUUGGGUGAGCCGGACCUGGUACAUUACUGUCAUGGAUCGCCAGGAUUCGUCAUCUCUCUGGAUGCAGUAUGUCCUUUCGUCAGCGAAGUACUGAAAGCUCGGAUCUGUGUCGCCAUUGAACGAGGAAGAAAAGAAAUCUGGGAGAAAGGGAUACUGAGGAAAGAACCGAACUUAUGCCAUGGCAUUGUAGGAAACAUGCUUGCACUUCAAGAUUGGGAACAGAAAGAGCAUUUUAUGGCUCAUGCAACGGCUCAGAAAAUUCGAAAGGGUAUCGAACACGGGGGUUUCGUUGCAGGCGAAGACCCAUACGGCUUGCUCUGGGGCGAGGCAGGUAGGGCUUGGGGAUGGGCAAUGAUAGAUAAAAAGCUGGAUAUGGGAUACCCUAGCUAA